GAUUGGCUGCUGCGGGCGCCUCGCGGGCUGAUGGCUAUGAAGGUGGCGCCGGUUGAUGGUUGACCGGUUCUUGGAUCCAGGGUAGGGGUCGCUGCGCGUGCGAUCGUCUCACACUGGACCACAGGGCGCGGACUGCUGCAGCUCAACCUGGAACCUACCGGCGAGACCAGGCUCCGCCCGGCCAUGCCCGCCGGGAGCAACGAGCCGGACGGCGUCCUCAGCUAUCAGAGGCCAGAUGAGGAAGCUGUGGUGGAUCAGGGUGGGACCAGCACAAUUCUCAACAUUCACUAUGAGAAAGAAGAGUUGGAAGGUCAUAGAACUCUGUAUGUGGGGGUCCGGAUGCCGCUGGGGAGGCAGAGCCAUCGGCACCACCGCACUCAUGGCCAGAAGCACCGGAGACGAGGAGGAGGGCGGGGCAAAGGAGCCAGCCAGGGCGAGGAGGGCUUGGAAGCCUUGGCCCACGACACCCCGUCUCAGCGUGUUCAGUUCAUUCUUGGCACUGAGGAAGAUGAAGAACACGUGCCUCAUGAGCUCUUCACAGAGCUGGACGAGAUCUGUAUGAAAGAGGGGGAAGAUGCUGAGUGGAAGGAGACGGCCAGGUGGCUGAAGUUUGAAGAGGAUGUGGAGGACGGGGGAGAGCGCUGGAGCAAGCCUUACGUGGCCACGCUCUCUCUGCACAGCCUGUUUGAGCUGAGGAGCUGCCUCAUCAAUGGCUCUGUCCUUCUGGACAUGCGUGCAAGUAGCAUAGAGGAGAUCUCAGACCUGAUCCUGGACCAGCAGGAGCUGCUCCGAGACCUGAGCGACAGCGUGCGGGUUAAGGUGCGGGAAGCCCUACUGAAGAAGCACCACCACCAGAACGAGAGGAGGAGGAACAACCUCAUCCCCAUCGUCCGCUCCUUCGCUGAGGUUGGCAAGAAGCAGUCUGACCCGCACUCCAUGGACAGAGACGGGCAAACGGUGUCUCCUCAGUCUGCUCCAGCUACAAACCUUGAAGUGAAGAAUGGUGUGAACUGUGAGCACAGCCCUGUGGAUCUAAGCAAGGUGGAUCUUCACUUCAUGAAAAAAAUUCCCACGGGGGCAGAGGCCUCCAAUGUCCUGGUGGGAGAGGUGGAUACGCUGGACCGGCCCAUCGUGGCCUUUGUGAGGCUCUCCCCGGCUGUGCUGCUCUCUGGCUUGACGGAAGUGCCCAUCCCAACGAGGUUUUUGUUUAUCUUACUGGGCCCAGUGGGAAAAGGGCAGCAGUACCAUGAGAUUGGCAGGUCCAUGGCCACCAUCAUGACGGACGAGAUCUUUCAUGAUGUGGCAUAUAAAGCAAAGGAACGAGAUGACCUCCUGGCAGGGAUUGACGAGUUCCUGGACCAGGUGACGGUGCUUCCGCCAGGGGAGUGGGACCCGUCUAUUAGAAUUGAGCCACCCAAGAAUGUCCCUUCCCAGGAAAAAAGGAAAAUGCCCGGUGUUCCAAACGGAAACGUUUGCCACAUAGAACCAGAGCCACAUGGGGGGCACAGUGGGCCAGAACUGGAGCGGACUGGGCGGCUGUUUGGGGGCUUGGUGCUGGAUGUCAAGCGAAAGGCUCCCUGGUACUGGAGUGACUACCGGGAUGCUCUCAGCUUACAGUGUCUGGCCUCCUUCCUGUUCCUGUACUGUGCCUGCAUGUCGCCCGUUAUCACCUUCGGGGGACUGCUGGGAGAAGCCACUGAAGGACGCAUAAGUGCAAUUGAGUCACUGUUUGGAGCGUCCAUGACGGGGAUUGCCUACUCUCUGUUUGCUGGGCAGCCUCUCACCAUCCUGGGAAGCACAGGGCCCGUGCUGGUGUUUGAAAAGAUUUUGUUCAAAUUCUGCAAGGACUAUGCCCUUUCGUACCUGUCCCUGCGGGCUCUCAUCGGGCUGUGGACUGCCUUCCUGUGCAUCGUCCUGGUGGCCACGGACGCCAGCUCCCUCGUCUGCUACAUUACCCGCUUCACCGAGGAAGCGUUUGCCUCCCUGAUUUGUAUCAUCUUCAUCUAUGAAGCCAUAGAAAAGCUGAUUCACCUGGCAGAGACCUACCCCAUCCACAUGCACAGCCAGCUGGACCACCUGAGCCUCUAUUACUGCAGGUGUGUGUUCCCGGAGAAUCCAAACAACCACACCUUACAGUAUUGGAAGGACCACAACAUCCUGGCUGCCGAAGUGAACUGGGCAAACCUGACAGUCAGCGAAUGCCAGGAGAUGCACGGGGAGUUCCUGGGAUCUGCCUGCGGUCACCACGGACCCUACACGCCCGACGUGCUCUUUUGGUCUUGCAUUCUGUUCUUCGCCACCUUCAUCGUCUCCAGCACCUUAAAGACAUUUAAGACAAGCCGCUACUUCCCGACCAGGGUCCGCUCCAUGGUGAGUGACUUCGCCGUGUUCCUCACCAUCUUCACCAUGGUGGUCCUUGACUUUCUGAUUGGCGUCCCGUCACCAAAGCUUCAGGUUCCCAGUGUGUUCAAGCCAACAAGGGACGAUCGAGGAUGGUUUAUUAAUCCCAUUGGCCCCAAUCCCUGGUGGACCGUGAUAGCCGCAAUUAUCCCAGCUCUCCUGUGCACUAUCCUGAUAUUCAUGGACCAGCAGAUCACCGCUGUCAUCAUUAACAGGAAGGAACACAAGCUCAAGAAAGGCUGUGGCUACCACCUGGACCUGCUCAUGGUGGCCGUCAUGCUGGGAGUUUGCUCCAUCAUGGGCCUGCCUUGGUUUGUGGCCGCGACCGUCCUGUCCAUUACCCAUGUGAACAGCCUCAAGCUGGAAUCCGAAUGCUCUGCCCCUGGGGAGCAGCCCAAGUUCUUGGGCAUCCGAGAACAGAGAGUCACAGGGCUCAUGAUCUUCGUGCUGAUGGGCUGCUCAGUCUUCAUGACAGCUGUCUUAAAGUUUAUCCCGAUGCCAGUGCUCUACGGAGUUUUCCUCUACAUGGGAGUCUCUUCGCUACAAGGAAUCCAGUUCUUCGACCGUCUGAAGCUUUUCGGGAUGCCUGCAAAACACCAGCCAGACUUCAUCUACCUGCGGCACGUGCCGCUUCGUAAGGUGCACCUGUUCACGCUAGUGCAGCUCACCUGCCUCGUCCUGCUCUGGGUCAUCAAGGCGUCGCCGGCCGCCAUUGUUUUCCCAAUGAUGGUGCUGGCCUUGGUCUUCGUCAGGAAAGUCAUGGACCUGUGCUUCUCCAAGCGUGAACUAAGCUGGCUGGACGACCUCAUGCCUGAGAGCAAAAAGAAGAAGCUGGAUGACGCGAAGAAGAAGGAGGAGGAGGAGGCUGAGAAGAUGUUGGACAUUGGGGGUGACAAGUUUCCCCUGGAAAGCAGGAAGCUGCUAAGUAGUCCUGGCAAGAGCAGCAGCUUCAGAUGUGACCCUUCUGAGAUUAAUAUAUCAGAUGAAAUGCCUAAAACCACGGUCUGGAAGGCUCUCAGCAUAAAUUCUGGAAAUACAAAAGAAAAAAGCCCCUUCAACUGAGAGUCUCUGCUGAGUGGAAGAUUUGGGCCAUGAGGUGCCUCGGAGAAGUUCUGGGUUUUAACAAAAUGGCGAGUCUCUCCGGGAAGAAGCCGAGCUGAGUCUGGCCCCGUUCUUGGUCAUCUCAAAGCCAUGCCACAUGGAAGCAUUCAGUCACUCCCGGUGUGCGUUUGGAGGACAUCCAGCUACCCACAUACCAGCAGCCAGGCGCCAGUCGGGUCAUGGUGGGGCCGCCUCCCGCUGCCUCCUUUCCUCUUCCUUUUCUCUCUCUUCAGAGCUGCCAUCAUUAAAGAGCCAGCUUCCAUUUUCAGACA